AUGGCUGCGGCGAGUAACGGCGGCAGAGUGAUCUGCGUAUUCUUCUUGUCUGCUCUGUUGAUUCCUUUUUCCGUCUUGGCCUCCUCAUCGUCGUCGUCUUCACAUUCCUCGUGUAAGGCAUGGCUGGUGCAGUCCAUCCCCACAGACAUGCCCCGACUUGCGCGCGUCGACGGCGUCCUGUCCACCGGUAUGGGAAAAUCGCAAGAGCGUUGACCUUCAUAUGUAGUACUUGGCGUUCAAGUUUCGAUUACAGUAGUCGCGUGUCUCCCGAUAAUGACAAUCUAUGCUGCCGGUCGUUGAUGCCGGGGAAUCUCUGAGGGAGCGCAGGAGACGUGCUCCGGUGGUUGGCGGGGAACUCCUCCAAGAGCCUAGACAUUAUCGCGCAGUAUUGGCAGCUGGUGGCGCAGCCACUCAAUCCUCGUUCAGGAGACUAUGGCUACUCCGAAGCCGACAUGGAGAGAUUCGGUGCUGGCACGGGGCGGGAAGUAUACAAGUCCCUUGAGAAUGCAGCCGAUCGGAUGGUGAACAUCAGGCAAUCGAUGGACCUUCUCCUCAUACCUUUUCUGAGAUGUUUGUAGAAGAAGUAGGUUUAUGUUGCAUUGUUGUCUAAAACGAUCUAAUGCGCCACAGGAUCGUGCAGCACUCCGGUGUCUAUCCGGAUUAUGUCGACGAGUCGUCCGAUCUUGCGGCAGGGAAGCCGAACGUGCAGAACGUGACCUUACUUCUUGGCGAUUGGUGGGGAUCGGGCAUUGUCCAUGCGAAAGUUUGGAUAUCGGAUGGGAGAAGCGUCUACAUUGGGUCAGCCAACAACGAUUGGAAAUCUCUUACGCAGGUAUGAAUUUGAUUUAGCAGUGAUCUAAUCCAAGAAAAUAAAGUAAUUUUCUUCAGAAGCAUACGCUGAGUGAAUGCCGAGUGAUUAUUCUUAUUCUUCUGUGGUCUUUUUUCUCAAAAGUUUCCGAGGAGAGCUAGCUUGAAGAUACCGUGAUUUGUGUUCCAGGUGUUGACCUAAACAGGAAUAAUACAUAGGAAUGGAAUAUCUGCUCAGAAUUUCCUUUCGGUCUGUUUUUUUGGAUGUGGCUUACCUAGAUACCGAGAAGUAAUUGUUAGGCAAUUUUAGACUCAGUGGUCAAGUGUUUACGUUCUUGUAUUUUGAGUGUUUUCAUUUCUAAGAUUGGCUGGUGGUCCAUUCGUCUGAGGGAUUUUGAUAGAUUCCUUAACAUUGUUGCAUCACUUCUAAGGUUCACCUUUAGAUGUUCACAGACGCAAUUACAGCUUAGGGAGGCAACGUUUGUUCCCCUAAUGUAAACACAAGUUAAAAACAUUUUCUAAUCAUCAGGGGAUUGUAUUUUCGGAAAUUUGAGAAGCUUUGGGAUUUAAUUUUAGCAAACCUGAAGUUCUUCUGUAGUUAUAAUCUUGGAAUAAGAAUCCUCUCAGAUUGAUUGCAUCAAGGAUAUUGUGAAAAGAAAAAUCUCUUUGCAAACGAUUCCGUGAAGGGUGCCACUUUCGUUGAAGUAUGAAGCUCUGUGGUUGAUGCUUGAAAAAUACCGUAUUGGAUGUACUUGUCUUCAUCCGUUACAUCUCUGCCAAUGUGUGUUUCAACUUGGAGUCAUUGCAUUCAUUGCACAAAGCAUGAUUCCUUCAGUUUAUAAUAAAUUACAUGUUUAUUUCAUUCAUUGCACAAAGCCUGGACACGUUUUUAAAGGUACUAAGUCUUGCAAUCUUUAUCUGCUUAAUUUAUUAUUAGUGAGUGCUAUCAGAUAAGAGGAACAAGUGUGCAGAUACUACUGUAUAGAAAAUUCACGAUGAAUUCUAGAAAUUUAUACAUAAGUUAGUACCUUCGUUCUUCAAUAGGUUAUCCUGUCUCUGAUGGUGGACGCCUGCUAUGAAGCAUGGACGUUUUCUGCUAUGUGCUACUUAUGAUUAAAAGAUGGUCAUUUAAUAAGAGUUAUCUAAAUCGCUUAAAUUAGAAUAUCCACGAGGAUAAUCUAGCAAUUAAUUUUCAAUCUAUAAGGUAUAUUUGAUGCUUUGUCUGUGGGAAUGUCAACAAGACAUGUGGAGGUUAAAUUGUUUCUCGAACGUAAAUUAUUCAGAUCAAAGCAUAUUAAUUGACAUCUGUGAAAUAUACCUCCUAUCUUUCAUUGUUCGUCUAUUUCGUUUGCCUGUUAUCCUAUUUGCUGUUGCCUAAUUUUGUAUUUCUCAUCUAGGUUAAAGAGGUUGGCAUUUAUCUUACUGAUUGUCCAAGUAUUGUCGAAAAAGUAACAAAGUACUUCAACAAUCUGUGGAGCCUUUCUUCUCUUAACUCAUCGGCUUACACAAAAACAGUGUGGGAUGAACAAUGGCAAGCUCAAAGAAAAGUGCCCUGCUGGUCACAUUUUGUCGAUCACAAGGAGAGGUGCAGGUAUGGUCCAUAGAAAUUUCAGUGUUUACAUCGCUUUUAUCAAAUGAUUUUAUCUUCGGGUUUGACAAAACCACAUGAUCAGCAGUUAGCUACUCUCUGACUCUAUUAGAUAUUUUUUCUUGAAUAAAAGAAAUGCCAUAUCAGACACAACCGCUUUUUUGCCUCUCACCUAGCAUAAGUUCUCAUAAGGCAUUAUGGAGGGCUUCUUAAGCCUGAGCGUUUAGCAAGGGGAAGCAUUGGCGAAGACUGGAGAUCUUUCCCUUAUUUAAAUGAGAUCCUUAUCAUGAAAAGCAAUAUAUUUUAUUUUUCCCUGCCUCUUUUCAGUGGUUCAUGUAUGAAUCAGUCUUGUUGUGUUGAACUAUAGAGGUAGUGAACUAUCUAUAGAUAAAGUGGCAUUGAAUGCUCCGCUUCUCCAGUGAUCUUACAACAUCAGCCCUACGUUCAUUUUUAAUGUUUAGUGACAUUGUGGUGGCAAAACAUCUUUGAUUAAAUAUAAAGAUGUACAAGAUAGAUCGGACAAGCGAUAUGAUACUGACUAUAAUGCUCUGGCCCUUUGAACAUCUGCCAGUAUAUAUGUCAAUUGCUGCCAUCUUGAUUAAUAAUCUACUCGAUGAUUCUUUUUCUUUUUGAGGAAAAAUGUAAAAUAAUAAUGUCAGUAAUUUCAUAGGUGAUAUUUUCUCUCUGAGAUCAGCAAUUUCCAUUGAUUCCAUGGAUUCUUGAACAUCUCUAGUCAUAAUCUAUUCUGUAUGAUAUUGAAGUCAUUGAAGAAGCUGCUUCAGUCAUAUUGGAUAGACAAUUGCUUACUCACUUUUGGAUGCUUUUAGGUACAAAGAAUCCAUGUGAGAAUUAUUUUGAACAAUAAAAGAAUCCUAAAUUUCCAAAAAGUUUCUAUUAAAGAUAUUUGUAUGUUUUGAGUUUUUUUUAAAACACUUACGAAAUAUGUCUUUCAAACUUUCAUGAGUUUUUUUUAUUUUUGAACGUUUAUUUCUCCUUCAGAAGUUUACCUGAUCCAAUAUGACUGGGGUCAAAUUUACUUGAGACUUAGUGUAAUGACUUGUGCAAUAUUGUAAGAAUCUCAUAUUAUUAAAAUACUUUGCUUGUGUGUCACGUGACUAUCUUAGUGACUAAUGUGAUUGCCUUAGUUUCUGUUUUCUUCUUAGUGUGUGUAAGGUUCACAUGUCCAGAACCCUCCAUAAGGGGUCUGGUAUGAAUACUAGAGCUUUGCGAAUUCAUUUAAUAAAAUAUUUCCCUUAUCUUGAAUAGAAGUUCCUUUCCCUCCCUCUACACGAGAAGGUUUUUUACCUCGAGGAUCCAGAGGAAGUGAAGGAAAUUCGACAUGGUAUCUGAGCUUCAGAUACAUUAGCUGGAAUUGUAGUAUCAUCCAGGGUAGCAAGAAAUGAUCUGUAGAUGAGAUUAAUUUUGUGAUUAGUGAGAAAAGGGGCUGAAGGACAUAAGGGUUGUUUGGUACAGGCUUGAGGAGGUCUUAUAAGGGCAAUAAGAAGGUCACCUGGCAAUCUGGGCCACCUUGUAUACUUCUUGGGUAUUGAAGUGGCUCAUUCCUCCAAAUGUAUAUUUAUAUUUCAGCGAAAAUAUGUAACAGAUCUCUUGAAGGAUGCUGAAAAACCUGCUUGCAAACUAGCCAGCACUCCUCUCAGACCUAAUCACAAAUCAUGUCUGGUUGAGGAUGAGAAAUCUGUUGACAAAUAAAUGUAUCAAUGUCUUAUUGGAUGGUUAGUAUAUCUCACACAUACCAGACCUGAUAUUUCUUUUGAUUUUGGUCUUUUAAGUCAGUUCAUGCAUAAACCAUAGGAAUCACAGCUACAUGAUGCACAUCGGGGUGCUAUGGUAUUUGAAGGACACUCUUUGAAAACGUCUUAGAAGUGUAGUGGUAAAGUUGAGCUUGAAAUGUAUAAAAAUGUAGGUUAUGCUGGUUCUCUUUAAUAUCACCGAUCAACCUCUGGUCUUUUUAGAUUUCUAAGAGGUAAUUUGGUUACUUGGUGCAGAAAAAAACAAACUGUUGGUGCUCACUCAAGUGCUGAGGCAGAAAUCAGAGCACUUGCUCAAGAGAUAUGCGAGCUGUUCUAGGUGAAGAUCUUAUUAACUGAACUGAAGAUUUCUCCUGUGAAUCUUAUGAAACUUUAUUGUAAUAAAAAAUCUGGAAUCAAUCUUGUGCAUAAUUCAAUACGACAUGAUCGCACAAAACAUGCAGAGAUUGACCACCACUUUAUCAACAAAAAAAUGGGGAUAAAUGUGCUUUGUACCCUAUAUCUCAACUAAAAAUCAAUUCUCAUAUUUGCUGACAAAGGGGGUUUCUGACAUUCAACUGCAACAAAUGAUUUCGAGUUGGGAAUAGAUAAUAUCCAUUUAUCAACUUGAGGGGGAGUGCCAAAAUAUUCUGUCUUGGUGUGUCAUGUGACUGUCUUAGUGACUCAUGUGACUGUCUUGGCGUCCAUUUUCUUCUUAGUGUGUGUAAGGCUCACAUGUCCAGAACCUUCCACAAAGGGUUUGAUAUAAAUACCAAACCUCUCUUAUGAAUUGAAUAGAAGUUCCUUUAUCUCUCUCUACAUGAGAAGGUUUUUUGCCUUGAGGAUCCAGAGGAAGUGAAAGAAAUUCGACACAUAUGAAUAUGAUCAUUGGCCUGAUUCAUACAUGGUACGACUCUUUGAUCUAACAAUGGGAGCUUGAUCAUUGCCCUGAUUCACAUUUGGUACGGCUCUUUGAUCUACCAAUUGGAGGACUGUGUUCAACUCAGAGAGUUCAGAAUCUGAUUCAGAGAAGAGUCAAAUCAAUUCUGCAGACUCUAAUUUGACAAUAAUUUUUUAGGUCUAAUCCACGCCUACGUACACAUCUUUCUAAGUGCAUACGUCAUUAAACUAAUUAUAAUGAUCUAUCUAUGCGAAUUAUACUGAUCUAUACUAAUAAUUCUCUUUCCCUCGCCGGUCGAGUUGUUACUGAGAAUUAUUGAAUAUAAUUUUGAAAAUUCUAUUCAACUAUACUCCUUCCACUUGUAUUUCAUGGAUGUCACGCUGUAAAUUGGUUUUUUAUGCUUCUCACUUGCCAUCAAUAAAAAGCUCGAUUAUCCUUUUGUUUGAGAGUCCAAUUAUGCAUACUAGUUUGACAUUUCCCUGAUACUCUUUAACUAUAAUUCAUUGUCAGAUCACUUCUCCCUCAUUAUAUCGAGGUUCCCCACGUAGCAGGCUAUCCAUUUUUGUCGGAUCCUUCCAUGUUCCAUGUUCCAAUUGAGACACCUGGACACAACGUAUCUGAUUACAACAUGUCUGACUUUAAGAGUUCUCUCAGCUAUCUUUCAUUUGCACCACCGGAGGUAACUUCCUUGAUGUUAAUUUUAUUCUUCUGAAGGCUCGGUUAUCGCACAAUUUUUCUUUUCUUUUCUUUUGAUUUUAUUUCUUCGUGACUUCUCGUUUAUUUAUAUGGAAUCUGAAUUAUUUCUUGACGUCAUUAUUUAAUUAAUUAUCUGAAAGUUGCUAAUCUUCGACAUCAUUAAAUCAAUGCUCGUUCUCUUUCUCCUUCUCUGCAGCUGUCAUUCGGUAGAUUUCAGGCUGAUGAACAGGGCUGGGUGGACACCAUUAAAUCCGUCAAGUUCAAAGGAACUGUGAGAAUCAGCUCCAUGGACUGGCUCGGACAGUCACAGUACGCAACGCAAACCAUCUUUUGGUCCUCUCUAUCUUCCGCCGUCUCCGAGGUUUGAGCUUCCCUAUCCCCAAGCUUUCUCUCUCUCUCUUCCACUCAUGCUGCAGAUGGCUUCCAUUAAUGGCUGACCAUGGAAAUAUUUCUUGCCCGCCAGGUCGUCUUCUCCAAGAAAGCAACCGUGAGAAUACUAGUCGCCUACUGGGCGCACUUCAUUGAGAACACCGACCAGUAUCUGAAGUCUCUCUUGUACUCUAACAUCCUGUGCUCCUCCUCCAAGCGCAACAAAUGCGGCGGCAAGGUGCAGAUCAAGUACUACGCCGUGCCCGGAUUCAACGCGACCGGCCCUGCCUUGAAGAAGGGAAAGGCCACUGGAAAUGUAUACCCGGGGUACACUCGGGUCAACCACGGCAAGUACGCCGUUAGCCACGAGAGGGCCCACAUUGGAACCAGCAAUCUCGUGUGGGAUUACUUCUAUUCAACGGCGGGGGUCAGCUUCGGAACCUACCAUCCUUCCCUGGUUUCGCAGCUGCAAAGAAUCUUCGAUGCCGAUUGGAAUUCUCCGUACGCCAAGAAUGUCCAGCCGCUGAAGGCCGCGUCAUGA